AUGGCCAUUGACCACACCCAAAAGACGAACGGGGCUGCGCCUCACCAUGCCGAGCUCGAUGCUUCAAAGCUGGUCGUCACUUUGGCCUCAGAGCUGAAGCCAAUACCCGAUCCUGAGACGCUGGUCUUCGGUCAAACACAGACGGACCACAUGUUGGUCGUCAACUACGAUCCCAUUACAGGUUGGGGAAUUCCAGAGAUCAAGCCUUAUGGACCUUUGUCUCUUGAUCCCAUGAGCUCUUGUUUCCACUAUUGUCCUAACGUCUUCGAGGGGAUGAAGGCAUACACAGGAGCUAAUGGCGAAGCUCGUCUCUUCAGGCCUGACAAAAACAUGGCGCGUCUUGCGCGUUCUGCUGAGCGCGUUGCCCUGCCUCCAUUUGAUACCAAAGCCGUCUUGGAACUGAUAAAAAAACUCGUUGAAGUUGAUGCUCGGUGGAUUCCUACUAUCCCUGGGUACAGUUUGUACAUCAGGCCAACGAUAAUCGGGACGCGUGCUGCUCUCGGUGUCGCAGCAUCAGACAGCGCGUGCCUAUACGUUAUUCUUACACCUGCGGGACCCUACUUCCGUGGAACGGCGAAAGGGAUCCCUCUGCUUGCCGUUGGUGAAAGCGUCCGAUCGUGGCCUGGUGGAACUGGCGGUCACAAAUUGGGCUUGAACUACGCACCAGGAUUCCUUCCCCAGAGAAUUGCUGCAAAACAGGGUUAUGAGCAGAUCCUCUGGCUCUUGGGAGACGAUGAGAAGAUCACAGAAGUCGGAGCUAUGAAUUUCUUCGUCGCGGUCCAGAGAGAAGAUGGAGAUGUCGAUCUCAUUACACCAGCCCUUGAUGGUACAAUUUUGCCAGGCAUUACCCGCGAAUCGACUCUCGCGCUCGCCGAUGCCCACACAUCCUCCAAAAUCACACUUCCUGGUGUGCCUGCCACAAAGAAGAUCUUCACCCAUGAACGCCCAGUCACCAUGGCCGAGCUCGCGAAACACGUAGAUGCAGGCCGUGUGCUAGAGUGCUUCGGAGUAGGGACCGCUGUGCUCGUCGCGCCAGUGGGACGUAUUGGAUGGAAAGGGCGCGAUUUGGUGUUGCCAGUGUAUGAAGGCGGCCUUGGACCAAUUGGAAAGGGUUUGGAACAGACGAUAUUGGCCAUCCAGACAGGAAGACAGGAGUUUGAGGGCUGGAGUGUCCCGUGCUUCUGA